GAAUUCCCGUAUAGGAUUCAUGUGUCAACUUUGUAUUAGAAAUAAAAUUAUAAUAUAUUUCGAAUGUUAAAUAUGUUCUAUCUAGUUCUUUAAGUAUCUGUUUUAAACCAAAAUUAUAAAAAUGUUUUACAUGGACCAUUUGAAUAUACUAGUUAAUUUAAAAGUAGCGCCAUAUAUUAUGUUAUUAGCUUUUGAUGUUAUUCUCGAUAAUUUCGUGGCAGAUUGUGCGACUCAAGCUGAAAUCGAUAGUCAUUUAGAACUUGGUCGUGAAUUUUUAGCAAAAGGACAGUUGGCAGAUGCUCUUACUCAAUAUCAUGCUGCAGUUGAGGGUGAUCCGAAUAACUAUCUGACAUAUUUUAAGAGAGGUACUAUUUACUUGGCGUUAGGAAAAGCUAGAUUGGCCUUAACCGAUUUAGAUCGCACAAUAGAUUUAAAACCAGAUUUCAUGGCUGCAAGAUUGAGCCGAGGAACUGUUUAUUAUAAACUAUGUGAUCUAGAACAUGCACAAAUCGAUUUAAUGGCUGUGUAUAAAAAAGAUCCAAGUAAUUUUAAAGCUCAAGAAUUAUUACGAAGUAUAGCUUUAAUAGAAGAAUACAUUGAUGCAAUCCACGCAUAUUACGCCAGUGGUGAUUAUUCAUCGGCUAUUAUGUAUUUGAAUAAAAUCGUUGAAAGUUGCCCUUGGUCUUCCAAAUAUCGUAAACUACGUGCAGAUUGUUACUUAGAAUUGGGUGAAAAUGGCUUAGCUGUGUCGGAUUUAAGAUCAACAACGAAAUUAGAAGCAGACAACACAGAUGGAUAUUUAGAACUUUCAAAGCUAAUUUAUAAAUUAGGAGAGGUUUCAGAAGCUUUGAAAGAAAUUCGCGAGUGUUUGAAAUUAGAUCCUGAACAUGAUGAAUGCUUUCCAUUUUAUAAGAAAAUUAAAAAAAUUGACAAAUUUUUGACUGAAGCUGAUGAAGAAUUACAAAAAGGAAAUUAUGCUGAAUGUGUAGAAAAUGCCCAAAAAGUUUUAAAAAAUGAAAAAUACGAAAAUAUGGUAAAAUUCCGUAGUAAACAAUUGCUUUGUACUUGUUUAAUGAAAGAUGAAAAAACUAGUUCAGCUAUCAGUGCAUGUCGAGAAGCAUUAGAUUUAUCAAAAGAUCCUGAUGUAUAUUGUGAUCGAGCUGAAGCUUAUCUUCAGGCUGAAAUGUACGAUGAUGCAAUUCGAGAUUACCAUGCAGCGUUAGAAAUGCAUGAAAAUUUCCAACGAGCCAAGGAUGGUUUACAAAAAGCACAAAAAUUACAGACACAAGCUGAACGAAGGGAUUAUUAUAAAAUUUUAGGAGUUAAGCGAACAGCAACAAAAAAAGAAAUAGUUAAGGCUUAUAGAAAAGCAGCUCAAAAAUGGCAUCCAGAUAACUUUGAAUCAAAAAGUGAUGAAGAAAAGAAAAUUGCUGAAAAGAAAUUUAUCGAUAUUGCUGCUGCGAAAGAGGUGUUGACGGAUGAAGAAAAACGAGCACAAUUUGAUAGUGGAGAUGAUCCAUUAGAUCCUGAACAAAAUGCAAAUAGGCAUGGUGGAAAUCCAUUCCAUCAUUUCCAUCAAGGAUCUCCAUUCCAAUUUAGGUUCCAUUUUAAUUAACGUUAAUCGUACUUGUGUUUAUUAAGUUAAACAAAUUGUGCUAGUGAUACGAAUUCGGAUUUGUAAAUAUUAUAAAAGUGGUGAUAACACAUAAAUAUUAUUACUAAGACUGACAUUGUGUUAGUGCCAGAGACUCGUUAUUAAGUUUGCCUUAUAAAUACUUUUGGCCUCUAAUUAUGACGCAAACUCCUGAUAUUAGGCUAAGAUUAUGCCAUUAUGUAACAUUUAUUAAAUUUUAACGUAAUUUGUCCAAUAACUUAUCAUUUUUGUUGGAUUGUAUGUAUCUGAAAUUUUUAUUUAUUAUUCGUAUUGAAAAUAUAUUUUUAAAUUACAAUACAAAUUUUCAAUUCCCUCAAUCAUUUUCAUUUUCUUCACUUUUUACUAAUCAAGGACUGAAUCGAUAUUAGUUUAAAUUUUAAUGUCGAUUAAGAUUUAAACAAAAAUCCUUAAAAAACAAG